UUCAGGACAAUAUUUCAUUAUUGUAGUCAGUAUUCAUUUGCAACCUAUGAAGUUCAAACACUAAUUAGUGAUUUAGUUGGUAGCAUUGGAACAAGUAAAACACGACUGCAAAACUGUUAUAUUUCUUUUUGUGACGUACAUAUCAACAUUAUAAAUGGCUUUAACCAAAGAUGUAUUAGUGGAUAUAUGUUCUGACUUAGACAGUGAUGAUAUGGACAAUCUAAAGUUCCUAAUGAAAGAUGUUGCGGGUCUACAUAAGUUAAUGUCAGCAACCAUUGCAUUAGACUUGUUUAGUGCUAUUGAAAACAAUAAAAAUGUAGCCUUACAUAAUGGACGAUUUCUAGCAGAAUGUUUUGAGUUAAUGGGACGAACAGAUCUCGUAAGACGAAUUGGAUUGAACCCAACUCAAGUUGAACAACAAAUGGGCCAAACUAGCUAUAGUGUCAGACCUUUCAGGAUUUUACUUUACAAAAUAUCUGAAGAUUUGGCGUCUGAUGACGUAGAACUUUUAGCCUCAUUUUGUCUUCGUGUUUUUGAUUUAACUCGAAAUGAUAAAGAAUCUAUCAAGUCAGCAUUCGACCUAUUUGUACUUCUAGAAAAGAGAGGGAUAAUAGAAGUAGUUCAUACAAAUCCAUUGAAGGAAAUGGUGAAAUCUCUCGAGAACAGAGGAGAUUUGGUAGAUCUCAUUGAUGAAUACCAAGUUAUAGUCCCAGACAUAUCAGGUCAUACAUGUAGCAGAACAAUACCAGAUUAUCCAGGUUGCUACCCGAGUGUACUGUCGACCAGCCAUCUGCCACAACCACGCCCUUAUAUUGGUCCGUCUGUUCCAUUUUAUGAAAUGACGUCAACACCUAGAGGAAUAUGUGUAAUAAUAAAUAAUAACAAGUUUAUCAAAAUGAAGUCCAGAGAAGGGACAGACGUCGAUCAAGCCAGACUAGAAGCAACUUUUAAAAAACUUGGAUUUAUGAUUAAAAUUUACCGAGAUUUGACAGUUAAAGAUAUGGCAGGCGUUAUGAAAGACAUUUCUAUAAUGGACCAUUCAAAAUUCAAUGCACUUGUUGUGUGUGUACUGUCACAUGGUGGAGAAAACUUUAUAUAUAGAAUGGACGAUAAAGGAGGGAAAAGGGCUAACGGCCGGAGUCGACUGGUUCACGGAGAUGGUGAUCGCCCUAUACAAGGAAAUUUUGUGUACGGCGUAGAUGAUAAACCUAUUCCGAUAAGAUAUCUAACAAUGUAUUUCCAAUCAUCAAAAUGUAAAACGUUAGCAAAUAAACCAAAAUUAUUCUUCAUUCAGGCCUGCCAAGGAGAAGACAUGGAAACGGGAGUGCUUUUGUCAUCAGAUCUUCAAAUGGAUGGUCCAUCCGUUGAUGAGUCCAUUGACAUGGUUGUUGCCCCCGUGUUCGAAAAUGCUGAAGAGACGGAUGCAGCUCCGCAUGCGUCAGAUAACCAGAAAGUUAUUCCUGAUGAAUCAGACUUUCUUCUUGGUUACGCUACAGUAUUUGGUUAUGUAUCCUACAGAAGUAGGUCACUGGGAUCAUUUUAUGUAACAAGUCUUACAGAAAAUCUGGAUAAACAUGCUGACACGUUAGAUUUACAAGCGUUAAUGGUUAAAGUUAAUCACGAUGUCUCCGAGGAAAAUAUAAAUAUAAGGAAAGGAGAACAAGCGAGGAAACAAGUUCCAAUGACACAAAUUACACUGAGAAAAUUACUCUUUUUCUCGCCAGAUAACUUGAAAUAAUCAUCAUUGUGACAACUGUAUCUUAUCUUGCUGAACUGUGAUAAUUUAUGAACAUUACGGAGCUGCAGCUGACAUUAUUACUGUGGAUUCAUUGUUAUUCGUUGGAUACUAAUUUUCGUGGUUUUCGUGGAUACAGAUAAACCACGAAUUCAAAUGUUCAACGAAUAACAUAUUUUCAAUAGGCUUUGUAUACAUAGAUUGGCAAAACCACGAAAUCAAAUAUCCACGAAUAUGAAAGUUUUCAGCAAUCCACGAAAAUUGAUACCCACGGAAAUAAAUCCACAGUAUAACAUAUAGUGUGCUGGAAUCGUUACAUAAUGCGCUAAUGACUUAUUACGGUAUACAUGGGGUCAGUAAAUUCCAUUCGGGAUGAGAACGAUUUUUUCUGACCCCAUAUAUAUCUUAUAAAACGACUAGCACACUAUGUAGCACAUUUAUCUUACCGACUCUUUUAAAAUGUGAUAUUUAGACUAGCGACUUACAUGUAUCAAAGUGAGCAAUUCUUCAAUACUGUAAGCAUUAAGAUUAAAAAAAAGAGAAUGGAAAUGGGGAAUGUACUUUCAUUGGUCUAAACAAGAACAAAUGUUUAACACCAACAACUUGUUAGUUUUAAACUUGUUUUAUGAAAUCAUUUCAAUCUUUCAUCAUCGAUUUCUUUGUUUUUUUUUAAAUCUUUCAGAUCUUUUCAAAGUAUCGUUUUGUUUUAUUACAGAAACGUAACACCACGUCUAACCGUGUAUUGAAAUAUACACGGUCUCCAUGCGGUUGCUUUUAGUCAAUCGCAUUCCAAGAAAUGUAUAGGACGUAAGAUAAAUUAAUUCACCCCUUUAAUGACGAACCGUGUAUAAAUAAAGCUUGUCAUAUGGUACGAUUUUUUUGUAUUUUUCCCGCUUCUAACUUUUUCUGCAUACAUCCCAAAUCCCGUAUUUUGAUCAAUGUUAUCCCACAUUUAAAAGUGUAUCAUCCCUUUACAAAGACACUGGGAUGGAUUAUUUACUUCAUCUUAUCUG